UAGGAAAAAAAAUGCCUUUUUUGUGCUUAUUUUAUGCCCAGUUGGUAGUAUUGAUCAGGACUCUCUCCCACUGACUGCAUAAAAUACUGCUUUCCAAGUUACAACCACAUCCGGUCUCCCCUAGAGAAUGUUUACGGUCAACAGCGCCAUCUUGUGCUCAUCGUUGGAAAGCACACUAACUCCUGUUUAUCCGUCGGCUCAUCUUUUGAACACUAGAAAGUGACAAACCUCUCACAGUUUCCACCUCUAGUUUGUCCCCAGCAGAGCUGUACCUGAAGGCCUGCCGGCAGACAGGAGUCGUUCCUGUUUCCUACAUCCUCCGUCACUUUGGCGAUGCCACUCUAAACCUGAAUUACUAUGGGCUGGGACCUCGGGGGGCCAAAGCUCUGGCUAUUCUUCUGAAAAGUCACAGCGUGGUCACCCCCCUUGAGUUGAAGAAGAACGCGCUUCAGGCUGAAGGGGCACAGUAUCUGCUGGAGAUGCUUCGCACAAACAGGCGCAUUCAGAGUCUAAACCUUUCCAGUAACAUGCUGGGCCUUAAAGGAGCGACGGUUAUCUCCAAAAUGCUGUCAGACAAUUUUUACAUCAAAUCCAUCAACCUGUCAGGAAAUGACUUUGACGAUUCUGCAGCUAAAUGCUUAGCAGAAGCAUUAAAGACUGACAGUGCGGUCAAAGAGCUGGACCUCAGUCACAACCAGUUCUGCAAUGCAGGAGAAGAUCUGGGUGUCAUGUUAGCAAACAAUAUCAGCAUCAAAGUGCUAGAUCUGAGCUGGAAUGGUCUUCGCAUGCCUGGAGCCGUGGCUCUGAUUGCAGGUCUGAAGGUAAACUCGACACUGAAGGAGCUCCAGCUGUCGCACAAUGGCUUUGGCCGUACCGAGGCACAGUCACUGGCCCAAGCGCUGAAACUGAAUCACACACUUGUGCUGCUGGACCUCAGCAGUAACCGUGUAGAUGAUGAAGCUGUGAAGGUGAUCUGCCAGGGCCUGGCCACCAACAAAACCCUUGAGGUUCUUAAACUCUCCUACAACCCCAUCAGGAAAGUUGGCGCUCUCACACUGCUCAGAACAGUUAAAAACAACAUGAAAUCGGCACUGAAGGACAUCGAUGUUUUUAGUGUGUUCGUGUGUGAGGGCUUUGUGGAGCUGCCGGAAGAAAUCCUUAGAAGCCGCCCUGCCCUGUGUGUCCAAUAUAGCGCAGUGGCCUAUGUCACCACAAACUUGGCUGCCCCCCGGAUCUUUAAGAAGUUCCUUGAAGAGCAAAAUAAAAGCGUCAUGGAUUUCUUCCAGGCUUUGGACAAAGAAGGAACCAUGAAAGUCUCCACCUCUGCCUUCAGGAAUGCUGUAAAGGAAGCUAAAAUACCUCUGAGUCAGCAGCAGCUUGAAUGGUUGAUCAGGAAAUUGGAGAAGAACUGCACGGCCACCAUAGUGUACAGUCAGUCAGCUGAGCUGUCAGAGGUGUGGAAUUACUAAGAUGAAGAUCUAUGAAGGCAGAGUACAUCUUGAAAUAAAAGUUAUUGG